AUGCAUGACAAUAGACAAGCAAAGGAUUCCCACAAAGCGACGGUGGAAGCAUUUUACGUCCGUGUCAUACAUCGCGUGUGUUCUUUGUAUCAAAAUGAAAGCGAGUCGCCCUCAGACGAAGCCAUUGCUCAACUACAGCAGAAAUGGCAGGAAACAUUGAGGUUAUACACGGGAAAGCAAGAGCCUUUUCAUGCAUUGGCAGAUGAGGACGACGUUUUGGUGAUCGAGUCCUCGACUGAAAGUGAACACGUGAGUGACGAAUCAUCGUCCACAUCAUCGUCAUCGUCGAGUUCCUCUUCCGACUCAGAAACCACUUCAGAACAAGCAGUCGGUCGACCGAGUGUACAAAUGCCAAGUGCAGCGACAUCGUCGAUAUUCGCCAAAAUGCUUGGAGGUAAGCGAAAACUGCAUCAGCUAGAUGGGUCAGCAUCGGAUGCUGAGGAUGGCGUCAAACUGCAAGGAACCGCUGAUCUGGAGUGGAGGCAAGAACUACAACGACAAAGCACAGGAGCAGCUGGAAAUUCACCAACAGCGUUGAGAGACUCGUUCGAUGAACAAGAAGACAAUUUGGGAGACGAAGUAGAAGAUAAAGAGGACAUAGAGGAGAAGGAGGCUCACCGAAUGACUUGUGAAAAAGAAGGGAAUGAAGUGGAUGCUUUGGAACUCGACGGACAGCUAUCGCCAAGUCCAGCACAUUCAGACAUAGCAACGUCGUUGCUCAUCUCUUCGGACGAUUUGGCUCCUGUGUCGGGCCUUUCAGGGAUUAAUCUACCUUUACAGCUUGCUGCUGAGUAUUCCAAGUUUACUUACCGUGGAAAACGUCGGGGAUACACUGGUCAGCUGCACGCAAUUGUAUUGACAUGGCCAAACAGGUUGGGGGUACGAGAAACAAUUUGUCCCGGUGAGCUCGUGUGGUGCUAUCCCAACUCAGCACCAAGAUUUAUUGAUGAGGGAGAACUUGUAAAGGCGAUAUCGGCGGGAGACACUGGGCAUGAGCUGAAAGUUGAGCUUAGCAAUGGGAAAGUAGCUAUGGUUUCGAUGGAUAGGAUACGUCGUUUAUGCGAGUACUUAAUUCGCCGUGGUAGCGUACGCUUCAAUACCGAGCAGUAG